AGGUCUGGCAGUGCCGGCAGCCUCCGAGCGGGGCAGGGGCGCGGCGGGGCCGUGCCCGGGGUCGGCAGCCGCGGCGGUCGCCCGGGAGGGGCCGGAYCGCGCUUCAUGCGAGCAGGAGCCUCUCCCCGCCGAGCGGCCUCCCCCUGCCCUCCGGUGCCCGGCGUUCCCUGCCGAGCCGCGGCAGCACCGGGGAGUGACUCGGCGAGGGGAGGAGAAGAGGAGGAAAAGAAAUCGGAUUGCCGAAGGGGUUAGGAAGUGGGGUGGGGAGACGACGCUCUCUCCCCCGCUCCCUCCCCGCACACAUUUGUGAAGCUUUUCAGAGUUAUCCUUCAGCAUCAGUGGUACCGGCAGGCGAGCUCGGGGGAGCCGCGACAGCGGAAGGUGCUCGGCAAACUGCAAGAGCGAUCAGAGGGAGCGGAGUGGCCCGGGCCGGCAGACCCUACCCCUACCCCUGCCCCGGCCUCUGCCCGCGCCCGCGGGGCACCGCACUUCCCGGCUCUGGUGGUUUAUAUAUAUAUAUAUUAAUACUUUUUUUUUUCUAAUUUUUUAAAACGUUUUUGCUGCUCCUCUGGCUUUGUCGGAGGACAGAUUGUGGAGCUUUGCCGGCGGGCGUGCUGCCGGACCGCCUGCCCUGGACGUGCGAGGCGGGGAGAGAGGAAGGGAGAGAUGCCUCUGAUUAGAGGGAAAGUCGUGCUCAUCCUCGGAUUCGUCUUCCUGACAACUUUCCUGGCUGCGGUGAGAGGGCUGCCCGUGAGAGGGAAACAGCGCAGCAAUAGYCCGAAGGAGAGGAGCUCCAAGCUGGCGGAGGUGUCGGCCUCAUCCAGCCCCCAUUCGGCAGGGGACGAGGAGCUGCCACCGUCGGGCAAGGCGCGGGGGCUGCGGCGCAGCGGGCAGGCUGGCCCGCGGCGGCACCGGCGCAGAGGGGUGGCUCAUCAGGCUGCCAGGAGCCCAGCGGUGCCCCAGCCCAGCGCUGCUGGCCGGGACGAGAGCUUGCCCUUCAUGCUGGACCUGCAGAACUUGCCGGGGCUGGCCAAUGUGGACCUGAGUGCCCAGAACCCCAACAUCCAGGUGACCAUUGAAGUGGUGGACGAUCCUCAGGCUGAGAUGGAGAUGGACUUGUUGAAGGAGACAAGCAAUGACUGGUCUCUGACGUCCUCUGAGUGGUUGUCUCACAAAGACCUGUUCUGGCCUCUCUUCUGGGAAUACACUGACCCUGCUGAAGGGGAGGAGGAGGAGGAGGAGGAGGAAGAGGAGGAAGAGGAUGACAACCUGGAUGUAGGGGACAGGGAGGAAGAAGAAGAAGAUGAUGAUGAUGAAGAGGAAGAUUACACAGCAGAGUAUGAGGAGGAGGAGUCCAUGCUUAGUGGAGUAGGAGGUAACUGGGACCAGCGAUGGCCUGGGCAGAAGAACUGGAUCUUUAAGGAAAAAUAUAAUUACGACUAUGAAGAUGAGGAGGAGUGGAGCCCAUGGUCCCCUUGCAGCAUCACCUGUGGCAGCGGUAACCAGAAGAGGACCCGGUCCUGUGGCUAUGCCUGCACAGCGACAGAGUCGAGGACCUGCGAUCUGACACACUGCCCUGGAGCAGAAGGAGAAAUGGUCUUCCCUACAGAGGAGACACCUUUCAAAAGCGACAACACCACAGARCUGUUCAACUCAGAGGUGGACAGCUGUGAGAAGUGGCUGAACUGCAAGAGCGACUUCCUCACCAAGUACCUGAGCAAGGUGCUGACAGACCUGCCCAGCUGCCCCUGCUCCUACCCGCUGGAGGCCGUCUACAGCRCCGUCAACCUGCGGGACGAGCAGCAGGGCAAGAGCUUCCGAUGGCGGGAUGCCAGCGGCCCCAAGGAGCGCCUGGACAUCUACAAGCCCACGGCRCGCUUCUGCCUGCGCUCCAUGCUGUCCCUCGACAGCACCACCCUGGCUGCCCAGCACUGCUGCUACGAYGAGCACACCCGCCUCAUCACCCGCGGAAAGGGGGCUGGUGUCCCCAACCUCAUCAGCACUGAGUUCUCCCCAGAGCUGCACUACAAGGUGGACAUGCUGCCCUGGAUCCUCUGCAAGGGCGACUGGAGCCGGUAUCACGCCGUCCGGCCGCCCAACAACGGGCAGCGGUGUGCYGACAACCCCACCGAGGAGGAGUACCUCUCCCAGCUGCAGGAGGCCAAGGAGUACUAGCCACAGCCACUCUCAAAGGUGCCACCACCACCACUGGCUUGCACCCUGCUCAGCCUGGCGAGCCCUGACCCUGGGCUCCUCAGUGGUGCCAGGCAAAACGGGGAGGAUGUGCCGUAUGGUCUUAUCCCCUCAGAGGGAUGUGUCAGCUCCCUUCUGAUUUCUGGGGGUGCUGGAGGUUAUUGUSGUGCAGUCCCUGCUAUGCCACCCGGGGUAGUGCUGCAGUCUGGGGCUCCUGGCCUGGCAUGUGGAGAGCAGCGGGGCUGGGAGGUGUGAAGGGAACAAGUGGCURCUGUCGUCUGCUUUUAUUCUGUGACCUUUCAAUGCAGCCCAGAAGCUGAGCAUGGAUGAAGUGGGGUCAGCUCCUGCUGGCUUCACGUCUGAGGAGCUGCUGCAGGCAUGGGUGCCUGCUCUUGCCUGUGUACCUGCUCCGACACACGCUGGUUUAUGUCCGAAACUGGGGUAGGUCUUCCUAAAGAGUGCGGGGCUGUCCCACCAUACCGAGCAGCACCUCCCCUAUCCUUGAGUUUGCUCAUGCACACUUGGCAAGGAGCUGGGAAAAGCUUAGCAGGGUCGGUGGGUCUGGGGGAGRGGGCUUUGAGGCAGGAAGAGACUGACUGCCUGGGCUUCCUUGGCAAGAGUGCCUUGCCACCAGGAUUUUGGCUGCUGAAGCUACGUGUAGGUGGACCUCAGAGGAGGUCAGCAGGGGGAAUACACCACCUGUGUGCAUUUCAGCUUUGGUGCUGGGGGAGCAGAGUGGUAGUACCUGUACAAGUCACAGCACUAGUUCUCCCCUAAACCUUGGACCCCUGGCAGUCCUCAGAAGGUCUCGGGAGCACUGUGACACAGCCCAAAAGAAAGUCCUGUGUUUCCCACUCAGCCCUGCCAGGGCAGGAGGCUCCUUGGCCACUGCUCAUGCAAUUGAGGCAAGGAACUGAGCCAAGCUAGGCCCUGCUCCAUGCUGUGUCUGCCCAUGUUCCCACCUGGAGGCAGCCCAGACAAACCAAGUCAUGGGUCCCUCAGGCCCAUUUCUGGGCCAGACUCACGAGUGUGGCUCCAGAGGAGGAAGACACACACAUGCUAAUAAUGUCAAUACCUGGUGUCCACAGAUCAUGGAUUGUGAAGCACUCUGUUGGCMCUUUGGUCUUGCCUGGGUUUCAUUCAGCUUUUCACAGGUCUAUGGCAGUAUCUCCCAGCAUAUUUUGGAAGCUUUUCUGCAGAGAAAUUAGGCUGAGCACCUUUGUCCCUGGAUAUUCAGUUGCUGAACUGACAAAAAUAUUAUAGCUUUUAUUUAACAAAUUUUAUGCAUCCGGGGAAAUAAAAGUCAAGCACACAUAAAGAAGAAUGGAGUCAUUUCUACACUAGAGGUUUCACCCAAGGCUGCUAGCUAUUCCUUGUACUUGUGCUGGGCACUGUUGAAUCRAAAAUCUGGUUGCAGAGGUCCUUGGUUGACCAUCCUGUGCUGUCUGUCCUUCUUACAGGAGCUUUAUGCAGCAUUAGUGAAUAUCCUUGGUCUGAAAGCUCUUUGGGGAGUCUUUUUGGGGGUGUAUUUAUAUGUGUUGAGUGUAUGUUGAUCUUUUUGCCUUGGUUACUGAUAGAGAAUUGCAUCCUUGGUCAUCUGUACCUAAGACUUCAUAGUGGUUAAACAAAAGCAUUAAUGAAAUUACCACUGAAUUAUUCUUAUUUAACUAUUACUACACCCUUGUAUCCCUAGACUCUGGAUAUGGGUUCUGUCAGAAUACAGACAGACAUCCAUUUCCCAACAGGCACGUGGUCUGAGAUGGCCAGUGUUCUGUAAAUGGUGAGAAGAAAGAGAGCCAAAUAAGCAUAGAUGGAAACCUAGACCAUGGAAAGUUUUCAUGAUCAUUACAUGUUCACUAGUCCAGAUGGUCAUUCACUUGCUAGUUUGUGGCRAAGAGGUGGGUCAUGUAGAGAUGGUCAAGAGUGGGUGACAGUGAUCUGGUGGCUUGGUUCUGGGGGCCAGAGAGCCUCAGCAAGAGACAUGGAAGCAAACAAAUUGACAGCCAUGGAAGGGUGAGUUUGUUAACUGUGGCCUAUCAGCAGAGCGUAUUUCCACUCCCAUACCAUAUGCCAUCAUUAACAUCAUCAGACUCUCAGAGGAGUUUAUUWACCAUCAGUGCAGACUUCUUUAAAGCAACCUCCUGUUGAGCAGGCAUAGUGUUCAGUGUUGGAUCCAUGCAUGGAAGCAGGACUUAUACAAACAGCCUUUCUUGAAAAAGACUUGAAAAAGCUCAGCCAAUUUGUUUGUUAGAUUGGCUGUUAUCUAAGGAAAGUGCUCUUACAGUAARAGUGUUACCCAUUGUUUGUACCCUCAUCCUCCUCUUUAUACUGGCUAUGUCAAGCGCCAGUCUAACCCCCRGAAAGAACCUGUAAUUUCUGUAAUAACUGGAGUUCCUGUCCAAGGGCAAAUAGAAAAAUAUCUUGCAUUGAUAUCCCCCUGUUCCCCACCGCCCCCACAAAAGCUUGUUGAGAGCYAAGUCGCUGUUCUGCUUCGCUGCCUCUGGUUUGGACAAUACAGGCAUGAACUGGAGUAUGAGAAACAAGAAACAGUGUUGUUCCUCAUACAAGCACCUUACACACCGUGAGGCUUUGCGGAACAUCGUGAGAAAAGUAGACAUUUAAGCGUUUAUUUUUGUAUCCUGUCAAAUAUUCUGUCCAGCCCACUACUAUUUAAGUGAUGAAUCUCUAAGCUUUCACUCCUUAAGUUUAUUGUGUUUUUUUAUAUAUAAUAUAUAUAAAAUGUCUUUUAUUCCUACAAAAUUUCACAGAGAAUUCUUUAUUCUGAUGCUGCAAUAAAGCACUUUAUAUAUGUAUAUGUCA